UGCUUUACGAGCAUCCCCAAAGAACAGUGAAGGAAAGACGGUUGCUUCCUGUUGCUCACAUGUACACAACCAGAUGAUGGCUUCUGUAAAGAAAAGUGAUUCCACGAGCAGUGGCCCGAAAGAAGCCGAUUCAGACACCAACGACGAGGAAAAACCCGAGCUGUGUCCCGGUUUUAAAGACGUGGAUACCUUCGUAAAAGUAAGUUGAGUGAUUCUGGGCUGGACGCAGCCCUAAGUUAUGGCUAGCCGAGACUCGAGUGGGCAACGUGGGCAUAGGUGUUUACUGUGUGAUGUGGUACACACACUUCAAGUUAUUAUUUGGUUGAAAACGUAUGGCUAAUAAUUUGCAUUAAGUACAUCCUGAGGUGGGAGCUUUUUUGGUCCACGCAUUAACUAAAUUAAAGUAUUCCUGUUAUCAGUCAAAUGUGUUUGUGUAAUUCUUGAGGGGCUUUAAGCAGAUACACCUUUUCUAUUCAGACUGUUAGAUAAUAGGCUCCCCAAAGACAUUCCCACAUAUCAAUGGCAAUGGCAUAAUUAUCAAGAAGUAUGACAAACACAUUCAUCAUUUUCUUCUGAGUGAAAAAUAAGUUUAUGCGGUCACCAAACAAUGAAACCAGUUGUACCUAAAAGAGUACCAGAAUAGUCUGCCCAAAUACAAGUGCCGUUGUUUCAAUAACAUUUCCCCAUCAACUACCAGUCUGAAGUAAAAGUACUAUUUAAAAUGUACUUUGAGGAUUGUGUACUGUUGAGGUGAAGGUGAGGCUAUCAAAAUAUGGCUCCCCAAGUUAUUUCAAAAGCCACUUUUCCAAAACCAGUUCUGGAAAUACAAUCAACGUCAUUACUGUGUGAAGUGACUUUGACUAUGAACUAGGGCUGGGCGAGUAAACGUCAACGAUAUAUAUCGAGAAUUAAUUUUCCUCAAUAUCAAUAUAAAACAUGGUCAAUAUCCUUUUCGAUAGUCGGCGUUCUGCCAUGUUUUGGUAGGCUAUACAAACAGCCAAUGAAAAGGGGAGUUGCUCUGGGUCCACUUAGGGCUGAACCAAUCAUGUGCUGAAUUCAAACAAAGUAGCAAACAACUGUGUAGUAGCAGGCUGCAGCUACAUGCAACCAUAGCAUUUUAACACGGGAAGCUGACAGCACUGUUGGUAAGAAAAAAAUAAAAUGAGUGAUACCCCCGACAGAAAUGCAGAUGAAGGUUCAACAGAUGAUGACAUCGUUGACAACAUUGGCACGAAAACGUCAGUGGUGUGGAAGUAUUUUUUUUUUUUGAGGUCGGGCAUGAAGCAGAGUAAUGCGCACUGCAAAUUAUGUUGAGUACAUGUUCUCAGAAAGUUGAGGUAUAUCUCAAAUCUUUUUCACCACCUGAAGCAGUGCCAUGCGGCAGAGCAUGCGCCGUGCAAAAGGUUACAAACCCCGAGUAGAGCAAAGAGCCCGUGGCGCCUGUGCGGCCGAAACAGCCAAUCAUUCAGUCCACCCUCUGUAGCACAACGCUUUACGACAAAACGUUGCAGUAGUUUGUAAAAGACAUGCUAUCAAUCAGAGGUGUUAAAUAUCCUUUUUUAUAUCAUGAUACAUAUUGAUAUUAACUGAUAUGAAAUAAAUAUAUUGUGAUAAUCUUUUUCCCAUAUCGCCCAGCCCUACUAUGAACUGAUCAGGGAGAAAUUAGUAAAUAAGUUUGCUGCAUUUUUGUUAAUAUUGCAGUAGGUAGAUUGUCCCUUCUUGCCUAAAUUAUGGCAGGACAAUAUUGAAAUAGGCUUUAUAUUUAGGCCUGUGAGAUUGGUGUGUUAAAGUUAUAAGAUGUUAUGACUAGAGAUUCGAUUGAUAUACCAGGUAAGAUCUGAUGGUUUUGCGAUGUUUACAGUCUUGAAUAAGCCAACUGUCAUUUGGUUGUUGUAAAGCUUGUAUAAUUUAGCCAAUUUUCCACCCAGUUACCUAUAAAUUUGAAUUGUAUGUAUUGUGAUUAUGAGCAAACAAAUCUUACUAACAUCUGUCACAUUCAUCUCUUUACUGCAGUAUGGAUUGGGUGCUGUGUUAUCAGCCACCAAGGCAUCAGCUGCCUUACCUCAAGCAGGGGAUGAGUAUGAUUUUUAUCGAAGCUUCCCAGGCUUUCAGGAGUUCUGUGAAAGUCAAGGAGAUAAGCUUUUGCUGUGGUGAGUAUUUGGUGUGUUAUUGCUUCUCUUGAGUUUUGGCUCCGAUAGGCUCGCAGCUGUCUCUGCAGAUGUUCGCUCUUUACAAGUGCCACAUUCUAGACAAUGUUGUUUGGAUGCUGAGUGGAAGGCAGCUUUGUGCUGCUGAAAGCAGGUCUGACGGAGCCUUAGACAUACAAACAGUUGAGUGGGUUUGCUGACUGAUUUGUCACCUUAUUAAAAUAAACUAAUGCUUCACGCUUCCUCCCUGUGCUAGCAUGAGUCAGAUAAUGCAGCACCACAGCUGCAGAUCCCACAUGAGAGACCAGAAUAAGCUGACGGGAGUGGAGGAGAGGUUUGACUUGGUUGUGGACUCCAACGACAUCAUCCUAGAGAGAGCGGUAUGACUGCAGCUGUGAUGCUCAGCAAACCCUUUCAUAAAAAAAAUGAAAAAAGAAAAAAACCUUGGCAAGAGAACCAACCAAGCUUUUGUAUCUGCUUUCUAGGGGAUCCUUCUUGAUGAAGCCGAUGGGGUGAACAGAAGCCAGAAGCCUGUCAUGCCUGCAGGGUUUCAGCCCCCUAAGAUAGUGGUUUCCAGCUGGAAUCGCAAGGUUGGCUAAUUAACCUGUCAGCUCCUGUACUGCAAGUGCCUUUUUUUGGCCGCAUUUUUAGCUGAAAUAUAAAAAGUUUUGGCAUUCAAGAACUUAAAGCAGCAGAUAUUGUUCAUUUAUUUGUUAAUAUUUUUAUUUGAACACUUGAUAAAUAGUUUCACCAGUAUUUCAUGCUUUUUGGUUUAUUGAUCAGGGCCCAGGCUCUGGCAGUCGAUCUGAAAUGUUCCGACUGCUCCAUGCCAAGAACGUUGCAAGGCCCCAGCUGAAAUUCAAGGAAAAAAUCGACAACAGCAACACACCAUUUACUCCAAAGAUCUUCAUCAAGCCGAAUGCAGUGAAGCCUCUUGCUUCUUGUGAGACAUCCUUUUUUAAAAACUCUCUUUUUUCACAUGUUUUUUUUUUUUUUCUGUCAGCUCAGGUGUUUCUAACAUUUUCUGUCUUUCUCUGCUUUCUCAGAUUUCACCAACAAACAAAGUCACAAACAGAGACCCGAGGACAUUGAUGUCCCAGCUGCCCUGGCAGACUUUAUUCACCAGCAGAGAACUCAGGAGCAUGUUGAAGACAUGUGAGACAUUCUCUUUUUUGCAGUAUGAACAGUUUGUGUUUUCUUUUUUCUGACUCAUAAAUGUGUAUAUUUUCUUCAUGUAGGUUUGCACACCCAUACCAGUAUGAAUUGGAUCACCUCAUAGUACCUGAAAGCCUCCUGUCUAAGCCAGAACCACAGGUGUGUCAAGGAAGUUAUAAAUGUUUUACUCUAAAUAUUGGUCAGACUUCAACUAAAUUUCUCUUUCUUUGUUUUAAUAUUAAGAUGUACAAACCAGUGGCUGACACAAAGUGCUCAUUUAUCGACUCCCUGGAAGAUCUAGUUGCUCUGAAUGAGAAGCUUUGCAAAUUGCCCGAAUUUGCAGUGGACCUUGAGGUACCAGAUUAGAACAUUUCAUAAAAGGCUUGUCAUUUGGUGUUCAACAAAUACAGAUGAGGUGGCUUUGGCUGUUUUUAAUCAGUGUCUAUUCACACUAAUUUCCCUUUUGCAGCACCACUCCUACAGGAGCUUCCUGGGCAUCACCUGUCUGAUGCAGAUCUCCACCAGAGAAGAGGACUUCAUCAUUGACACCUUGGAGCUCCGUAGCGAGAUGUACAUCCUGAAUGAGGCAUUUACAGAUCCAGCUAUAGUUAAGGUAAUCUGCUAUCUUUAGUUCUGCUAUCAUCGUCUUUGGGUUGGGUACUGUUUUGAUUUUAUUGAGCCCAGUGCUAAUCCUAUUCCACCUAUAGAUUCCAGUCUUUCUCAAUUCUUCAUUUUAAUUCCAGUAUAAUUACAGUGAGGGAAAAGAAGAAAAUGUGUUUCACAAACAAAAUCAAAUAAGCCUGACUUUAUUGUUCUUUUCUCUUCAUUUAUCAAAAUUAACAUUAUUCUUCAAGAAAAAUUGAAAACCAGAAAUAUUGAAAUUAAUAGCAUACAAGUCUAAUGAAUACACUUCAGAAUAUAACACAUUAUUAGUGCUGUGACUUAAUUUCUCCCGCUGAAAUUAUCCCAAGAGCCACUGAGGUGAAAGAUAGCCAGGUGAACAGCUGACACGUCUUCUGUGCCUAUUGUUUCCCACUUGUAAAUGAAACAGGUGGUCCAAGUCACAUUUUCCUAGUUAUUCUUUUUUUGUAAAAGAAACCAAAUGCAAAAUAAAAACAAAGCAAAUUCCAACAAACAGCAACGCCAGGAUGAUGAAGAUAUAGAUGGUCAAAAAACUGUUUGCUCCUCUAGCUACCAACACAACUGCCACGAAUUGCGUCUUCUUCUAUUUAUAGCAAACAAAACCCAAGACUUCACGCCACCUGGUUUGGCACCAGGACAAUUACAACUGAAAUAUGUUUCAAAACACAAACCUAAAGAAAAUAUAGCAAAUGGCUCCAACAAUUAGCAUACAUAAUGUGUUUUUGAUACCUAAAUGGGGACUCAACAGAGGCAGAGAGGUGUAGCUCCUCCACCAUAAAUCGCAUCACCCAACAGUUUCUGAACAACAGGGCCUUUUGUAGCAGGUUGGGAUGGUGAGGUACUCUUUGAACUUGCAUCUAACACAUUUCAAAUAUUUGUAGAUAUGAUAUGUAUACCUCAAUAUGAAUUUGAACCUCAGCUUAACAGUGUUCGGACUUGAGUGUGACGAAAUGUUGCCACAGCUGCGACUACUAGCUGUAGCUCAAGUCUUUUUUGUUAACAGGAGACAGCAGCACAUUGAACUCAGAGCAGUGCCUCAGAUUCUUGUUAUGUCAGUGUAAAUGCUUUGUCAUAUUGGGCGUGUUUUUUCCCUUAGUGUGUCAUUAUUAUCACUUCAGUGAAGUUUAACUAAACUUUGUUACGCCUGCUGCAGUCUGCCGAGAUCCUCUUGUCACAACUUUGUUUACGUGCUGCGACACAAGUGGCGCAACUUUCUGCUAACCCAGCAGGUCCUGGGAGAUAAGUUAAACUUAAUGAAGACACCUAAAUCCUCUCUGAAGUUAAGUCCAUAUAGAUUUUUGUUGCUGUUAGAUCCAGAAAAAGAAAGCACUAUUCACAUCUCUUAAUGCACGAAUCUCUGUAGAUUUAAAAUUUUCAAUUUACUUUUUUGACCGGUUUGAAACUAAAAAGCAUUUUCCUUAACUUUUUAAAUUGUCAGCUCAUUGGGAAAGCUGAAAACUCAAAAAUUGAGUGCAUUAAAUGGUUGAAAAUGCAGUGCACAGGCAUGACAGAUAGUCAGUAUUGCUCUGUGCUGUAAAACUGUGUGACUGAGUGUUGCUACAACUGAACACUUAAGCUACCCUUAAAAUUGCCUCAGGGAGUCGUUUUAUUUUUCAAGCAGAUUAAAUUAAAGAUGGCCUAAACUCCUGAAGAAACAUGUCACAACGGAACCACCAAAUCAUCCCCUUUUGUAAUAAAUUACUAAUUCACAGAAAGAAAAAAACCUCUCAUCCAGAGCAGUGACGAUAAUUUUACAAAGACUGAAAAACUCUGAGUCUGAGCAAGACUGUCGUUGAGGUAUCUCGCAGCCCUACAGUUUUCAAAGAUGUUUAAUGAAGUCUGCGGGUGUCCUGAGGUGUGUGGGCGCCACUAUGACUCACACACUGUAGGAUUCCUGUGAAAAUGUGCAAUGUGUGGGCUUGAACCACCGAGAGAUCUGUGAAAAAUGAGCCAAAUGGAAAUAAGUCAUGUGGUGUCUCCCCAGCUUUUAUAUAUUUUUGGUUCCAAUAUUUUCUGUAUCCAAGCAAACUACAUUUUAUUCUAAGUUGGGUGCUCACCGGAGGGGUUUCAGGUGUAUGUGCUUUCUUCCCUGGUUAUAGGUUUUUCAUGGCGCUGACUCUGACAUUGAGUGGCUGCAGAGGGACUUCGGCUUGUACAUUGUCAACCUUUUUGACACACAUCAGGCCAGCAGAGCUCUCAACAUGGCCAGGCAUUCCCUCGACCACCUGCUCAAACACUUCUGCACUGUGGACUCAGACAAACGCUACCAGCUGGCUGACUGGAGGAUUCGGUACGGGGAUGAUUGGGCUGUUAUCUGCAGUCAUUAUUUGAAGUUCAGGGGGUCCCUUGAAGCAGAACAGGUUGUUGAUAUGUUAUUUUCAACAUAAAGAAGUUGAAUUAUAGUAAAAAAUGUUUCAAUCUUGACCCUGAAGCCCCUUACCAGAUGAGAUGGUGCAGUAUGCUCGGACAGACACCCACUACCUCCUGUACAUCUAUGACUGUGUGCGGGUGCAGCUGUUGGCCCACAACAACAGCCAGCCCGGCCUGCUGCGAAGUGUCUGGAGCAAGAGCAAGGACAUUUCCCUGAAGGUGAGGUUCCCUUUCAUAUUUUUUUUUACAUUUCCACACUGUAACCUGCUGCAUUUUGCACCAUUCUUCAUGCUCCCUCUUCCAUACAGAAAUAUGUGAAGCCCAUAUUCACCGAGGAGUCAUAUUUGGAGCUGCAGAGGAAGCAGAAAAAGUCUUUCAACACCCAGCAGCUCAUUGCCUUCAGACUGCUGUUCGCCUGGAGGGACAAGCUGGCCAGGCAGGAAGAUGAAAGCACAGGGUAGGCUGUUUCAAAAUGGACUGACUUCCUGUUGUGGAAAUCCACAAUAGCUGUUUUCCCUUUUUUAAGUGGUGUCCUGCCAGGUUUGGCAAUUAACAUGAGUUUUUGACAGUAUCUCUAGUUUCAAAAUCUUUCAUACUUUUUUAACAUCCAUAUUCAAAUCAAACAAUGUUUGUGUGUUUGUUCAGAUACGUCCUGCCUACUCAUAUGAUGAGCAAGAUCUCUGAGGAGCUGCCUAAGUAAGUCGGGGAAAUGUUUCAGAUUUGUUUGUUUUCUUUUUUAAAGGUUAGUCUGCACAGAGUUUUUAUAAAAGUAACAUGUUAAUGUCAACUUAUAAGACGUGCAAACAUAGAUAUGCCAAAAAGUCAACACAGAAGAAUCUUACUGCGUAUAUCCCCUGACCUCACACACCACUGGAUAGGUAACCAACCUGAGAAUGUCUGUGAACAGAAAAGCGUGGCACAACCUCACAUGGCUUUGAGAUAUGAUUUAGAAAUACUAACCCUGUCUAUUAAUGAGUGAGUAAUCCCUUUGUACAGGUUCUACAUACAAAGUAGAAUCUGUCUUGUGCUUAUUCCACCACCAUCUUCUUGGCUAAAUGCUGUAACUCAAUAACAAACCCCUCUCUGCAUUUUAUGGUGGUAUAUCAGUCACACGGUUGUGUAUAAACAGUAUUAAAUGUGCCUUGUAUACCAAAUUCACUGUAAUUACUGUAUGUUAAUUCAAUCUGAGUAAAUUAAUCUGUGAUGAUGUGGUGCUCCUCACAGUAAUAGUUGGUGAGAUUAUUCCUGAUGAAUUAAUCCCAGAGCCAGUAAUUAAUUUAAAAGUCCUCGAGCAGUAGUUUGUGGCCUUAAUCCCUCUGUAAUACAUUUUGUCUGUAUCUACUCAGAGAGCCUCAGGGCAUCAUUGCCUGCUGUAACCCUGUACCCCCGCUAGUGAGGCAGCAGGUCAAUGAGCUCCACCUGUUGGUGCAGCAGGCCAGAGAAACACCUCUUCAUAAGGUGAGGUAGAACAAGCGCCAGCUGUUGGAGCAAAUAAAUGUAGUCACUGAUUUCAUGUCACUGUUGUUGUUGUUGUUGUUGUUUUUGUGUAUUUGUUUAAUGUGGCACUUCUAUCAGCCAACAAUGUGAUCUGUCUUUAAUUCUAUAAAGGCGGAGAUUGCAGCUCAAAAGAAGAAGGGACUGACCCCCAUAAAGAAGGUUGGUCUCAAACUGAUGAACUUGAUUGUUUCUCUUUCGUCUCUAGUUGUUGAAAAAAACACAACUCAAGUGAAAUAAAUGUGUUUGCAAUUUUCCAGCCAGAGAUCAUGUUGUUCGGUCCUCAUGAUACAUCCAGGGUCCCUGAAAGUGACCUCCACCCUUUUUCUCCCGGCGGUAAGCUUGACACCUGUAGAUCCCUUUCAUCAUCUUGCUGAGUUUGCAUUUAAAGCCUAUGGAUUUUUCUGUUUGUUUGUUUUCAGAGCUGCCCGUGAAACAGGGGUUGCUUUUCUCUGAGGAAGAGCACAAAAUGGAUGUUGAUGUAGAGAAAGCACACAGUCUCAUGGCACCGGCUAAAAUCACUCUGUUUGAGGUAGGUAGGACCAGCUUUUGGUCGACUUAAUUCAGCCAGUUUAUUUUGACAGCAUUGUGACAGCUGACAGGAGUUCAUGCUAUUGAUAUAUGUUGAAGGAGAUGGAACCAAAGACUGACCAGGAGACCCACCCUGUUUCCCAAAUGAAAGCCAGACGAAUCAUUGAGUCUUUCGAAAACCCUUUCAGAAUGGUAAGAAAUGCUCAGUGUAAACCUUGCUUUUCAUUGCAUAUAAUAGAAGCAGUACUGAACAAUAUGCUUUAUGGUUUCAGUAUCUUCCCUCCAGUGAUGUGCAUGUCAACAAGAACGCCAAGUUUGACCCAUCUUCAAAAAUAUUUGAGGUCAUCCCAGUGCUCCACACAGUCAUACACACUCUAGCUUGAUUACAUUGUCCCUUUUACAUGAAAGUUUAGAUGUUCACAGCUGCACUGUCUCACAUUUACAGAUCAGUAAAAGAUGGAAGCUGCAGAGUAUUGAACAGCAGCAGAAAGAGAUGGAGGAAAAGAGGAAGGCUAAGCAAGAAAUAAGGGAGCGUGCAAAGAAAGCGUCAGGUAUCAGCUAAUCAGCUUUAAUUUGACACUGUGUUGAGUCAUGUUUCUUAAUCCGUGCAACGUUGAUUUACACAGAGGAAAGAAACAAGGCAAAAAAGAGCUACCAGGAGUCUCUCCAGAACGUUCCAACAGUUCGCCAGCAAGCAACGGUGAGUCAUUUGUUCUCUUGAUCUGCAGUUUCCUCCCUGCUGCUUCAUGUUCUGCAGUCUAUCAACUUCACUGCUGACACACCAGAUGGGGAAAGUAAAAAUCCAUGAAAACAUGAGUUGUACUCACCCGAGAGCCUGGUGCUGAAUAUUAAAGAUAGCGCUUUAAUAGCAAGGUUAACCCUCUCAAAUGCCCCCCAUUUCCUCAAGACAGGGCUGGUGUUUCUGCAGUGACUCAUGAAUGAGUGAAACACUGCUGCCAAUCUGCAGGAGCGGCAUGUUCGAGCUCUUUUAAUAUUUUUAUCUGUCUCACAAUGUGUCUGGGGAAGAAGGGCUCACCGCGUGGGAUUGAAGCAUCAGAGACAUGUCUCUACUCAUCAAACACUUCUCUCCCCUCUGGGGAAGCAACAAAAGCUACUGUCUGCCCAAAAGCCCACUUCCCCUGGCUCUGUCUCUCUGGGGUAUCGCUCGGCACCCUCCUGCUCCAUUUCUUAUGUGCGCUCUUGCCACCAUAUGGCGUUUCCUUUCUGUUUUAAAUGCUCAGUUUGACUAAAGUCUCUCCACUCCAUCUUCUGCUCAUGUCGCCAAAGAACAUGCUGAAUGGUCAUAGUGGUUUGACUGUCCCUGCAGGUGGCACCACUUCCCUUCUGCCUCACUCUGUGUGAGCCUUCAGCCAUCAGUCAGCAGUGCACACAGUAAUGGUUUGCACCACAGUAAUCCAUUGUAUGAUGAUGGCUUAAGUGAAAUUUGGUUUUAAGGCGCUCCCUGCUGAAAUGACGCUGUCAAAUGAGCACGUUGGCAGCGUCUGGUCUGUGGCAUGCAUUACAGUCAGAAGCGCUGGCAGCAGCACUUGAAAGUAACACUCAUCAACCUGCCAACUGCAGCAAAUAUUGGCUCUGUCAGCUAGCUGUCAGUUUCAGCCGGCACUUUGGCAGUCAAGUUUUCUCCUCUUAUUUCAGUUUGAAAGAAAGCUGUGUGAUUUUCUAAAGCUUCUACUCCAAAGGUAUUAAUUAACAUCACAGUGGGUACGCACUGUAAUUGGGCUCAGAAAUUAUUAGGUUUCUCGUUCGCUUGCAUCUUUUUUUAUCAGGAAGAAACAAAAUAAAAUGACACAGGGUCAUAUUAAGAUGAAAAAAAUGGAAAGAAAACUUGAUUUUACAAGUUGAAUAACAGGAAGCCAUUAAAGUUCUUUUGCUAAUGAGGAUAGUUAAUUAGAGGAGCUGGUGUAUGUUAAAGAUCAUUCACAUCUCCAAACUCACACAGACUGAUAAUGAACUGCAGAUAGAAGAGAACGUGUUUUUACCAGUAAAUCUCUGUUUGUAGCCCCAGUUAUCAGAUUUGUUAACAGGUCUGAAGGUGACACCUUUGUAAGGUGACACAGAUGCUGUCAUGGAUCCUUUACACUGUGAUCUCAAUAUGUGAUGACUUUUGACUUACCAAGCCUUGAGGAAAUCCUUUCUUGUGAUAUAUCACAUCCAUAAAUAUUCUGAGAAUCCUCUCUGAGAGCUCCUAAGGGAGCUCCAAAACUUAAAGCAAGGAGUCUGAGUUUAAGAGGGAUUUAGGAACAUACUCUGAGGAACCUUGAGCGAGAAAGAGACAGAAACUCUACCUUGGUAAGGGGGCAUGGUCCACCCUAUGGCUGGGUAUGACACAGUAUUUUAAAAGCUGUGAUUGGCUGAUCCACAAGGAGAGAAAAACUUUUCUCUGGGCAAAGAGGGAUGAUGAAAUUGAUUGGCCUUAGCCUGGAAUUUGAUUAGAUACACUGAUUAGCCAAAUUACUGAAAUAAUAUAGAUUAUUCAUGAUUAUUUAAAGGGGUUUUAGUCCAAAGAUGGGUUAAGAUUUAUGGUAGAUAUUAGCAUAAAGCUGCAGUGUCAGUCAUCAAUCUGCUAGCCUGAUGGCUACGAAUGAGAACAUUUUUAAAAAGAAUAGUAAUCAGAGAAAUACGAAUAACAUUUAGUGGGAAUGCUUCGCAAUCCCACUCAAAAAAUUGACUCAAAGAGUUUGUUUUGACUUGUGCCCUGCAGUAACAGGAGCAAGCAUUUAAAAUUGUUAUAGAAAUGACCAGUCUUGCUGUUUAGGGUCUUACUGAAUAAGACCGAAUCAGAAUAAAUUUUAGUGAGUUUCACAACCAGUUAAAACCUUCUGGCAGGAGCUUUAACCUCUUUAAAUUUCCCUUUAUUAGCUUAGCUUUUUUUUCUGUAAACUGAUAUAGUCAAUAUGAUUGGACGGAUAGUUGUAUGUUUGAUGGUACAAAAAAACUCUGCACACUAACAGCAUUUGAGCCCAUAUUCUGUGGCUGUCAUCCAACAUUAUUUCUCACCUUGCUUGGUAAACAAAAUAAUGAAAAUAUUCAGUGCUUCACUGAAAAUGAUGUUGCUGACUGCAAUCUUCAGGAAUCAGCAAAAGAAGGGGGACAGAAAAGAGAGAGGGUUCCGAGUGAGGCCGGAGAGUCGACUCCCAAACCCAGUAAGAAGCUGAUGAAAUCUGCAGAGAAACAGCAGAAGACAGAAGCACCACCUCAAGACACCUUCAAGCCCUUCGACUACAGUCAGUCAGACCUCAAGGUCUUUGCUGGUAUGGACGUGCAUUUCUUUUUUCUAAUCCAGUGGAUGUAUUAUCCAUAGCUUCCUAUUCAACUGAAGGCGUUCACAUCAUAAAAAAGAUUUUUUUUAUUUAUUUUUUAUUUUGUAGGCACCAAGGCAAAAGACAACACACAAUUCGAUCCAAAUAGGCAAGCCCAUGAUUCCCAGAGAAAGGUAUAGUAAUAAUAAUGUCAAUGAAUAUGCUAUUUCACAGUUUAUGUUGUUUUGUGUCAGUGAGAUAAAAUUUCCAUCCAACAGAAAACUCCCAAGGGACAAAAGUCCAAUUUUGGAGCUGGAAACCGAAGUAUGUCAUACCUGGCUGGAAAAUCUGACAGGUAAAACAUUACUACAAUCAAAACAAAACUUUAUUUCAUACAUUAAAAGCAUCUCUGUAUUUUACCAUUCUUUCUUUGUCUUUCUUUCAGAGGAUUCAGACAUAACUGGCCCAAAAGAUAAACUGUCUUUGAUGUUCCUCUCUCAUCAUUCUUUUUUAGUCUUGUAAAGACCAGGAACUGGUUAUCUCCCCUUUUUUUUCAAGUGAAGUUCAGUGUUUUAGUAUUUAAUGGUCUUUAUUUUUUCUCAUAUGGAGCAGUUUAUUCUGUAAAUAUGUGGAUUCACAGACCUCAUUAUUAAAGCCGAUUUCAGAACAAAAAA